AUGUCUGAAGACUUCAAGAUUUUGCCACAUUUGAAUGAGAAACAAAUUCGCCGUAUGGCUUUAGAUCAUAUUAACAACAUUUUGCAUUCAAUGGGUCGUGAUAUAAAUGAAUUUGCACUUGUACCAGAAAGAAUUGUAGCUUCAUCUGCUGCUAGGGAGGCUCAAGAUUCUCAUUUUGAAAGAAAUAUAAUUGUUAGAGAAGAAGAUUUAUUACUAGAAACAAAAUUGAACAAUGAACAGCGAAAAGCAUAUGAUGUAAUCCUUGAUAGAAUAUUUACGAACAAAUCUGGAGCUUUUUUUAUCGAUGGUCCCGGAGGAACAGGCAAAACUUUUUUGUAUCGUGCAUUAUUGGCUGCUGUACGAUCAAAAGGAUUCGUAGCUUUAGCAACAGCAACCUCUGGUGUUGCAGCUUCGAUUCUUCCCGGAGGACGGACUGCUCACUCCCGUUUUAAAUUUCCUAUUAAUAUUGAUGAACAAUUCUUCUGUAAUAUUAGUAAGCAGAGUUCGCUUGCAUCAUUGAUACGAGAUGCCAAACUAAUUGUGUGGGAUGAAGUAUCAAUGGCCAAAAAACAAUUGAUAGAAGCUUUAGAUUUAAUACUGAAAGAUCUAAUGGAUACAAAGACACUCUUUGGUGGAAAAGUUGUCGUUUUUUGCGGUGAUUUCAGACAAACUCUUCCAGUUGUUCUGAGCGGAAAAAAAGAGGAUUUCAUACGAGAAAGUUUAUUGCAUUCUGAAAUCUGGAACCAAUUUGAAAAAUUGCGAUUAUCAGUAAAUAUGCGAGCAAGAACAGAUCCUGCUUUUUGCGAAUAUUUGAUGCGAAUAGGGAGCGGAAAAGAAAAACCAAAUUGCCAAGAUAAACAACAAGGUUUAGGUGGACUCAUUUGGUCAUUUUUGUGCAAUAUUGGUAACAUCGUCUUCUGCCAACUACACUUUCAAUCUGUCAAGAUCACCACUUUUCUGAUAGCAAUAGCAGAACGGAGAAUUGAAAUUGAAGAGCUUCAGUAUACGUUGCAGCUGAAAAUGACUAUGGAAUCCUUAACAAAUACUAACUCACCAUCAGGAACAAUUUUGGACCACAGGUGCGGCGCCGCUGAAGCGGUUUGGCAACCACAUAUGCGGUCUAAGGCAUAA